CUCCGGCAGUAAGCGUCUCGCCUCCCUUCGGCUAACGCGCUGUCCGGCGCAGCGUCUCUGCUUGGCUUCGCUAAAGUGAACUUAUACAGAAGCCAAAGACACAUAAACGAUGGGAAACACGGUUAUUCGAGACGAUUUCGAGUGGGUUUACACGGAGCAGCCACAUUGUAGCCGCAGAAAGCAAAUUUUGGCUAAACACCCUGAAAUCAAGUCCUUGAUGGGUUCAGACCCCCACCUGAAGUGGGUGGUGACGGCAAUGGUUCUGACACAGGUGCUUUGCUGCUACCUAGUGCAGGCUCUCAGCUGGAAAUGGCUGCUCUUCUGGGCCUAUGUCUUCGGUGGCUGCAUCAACCAUUCUCUGACAUUGGCCAUCCAUGACAUCUCUCACAACGUGGCCUUCGGCAACAAGUCAGCCAUGCGCAACCGGCUCUUCGGCAUCUUCGCCAACCUCCCAGUCGGCGUGCCGUACUCUGUCAGUUUCAAGAAGUACCACGUGGACCACCACCGCUACCUGGGCGGGCACGGACUAGACGUGGACAUUCCCACGCGGCUGGAGGCCCAACUUUUCAGCUCCCCCGCACGGAAGGUUUUGUGGAUCAUCUUGCAGCCCUUGUUCUAUGCCCUCCGCCCACUAGUGGUCAACCCCAAGCCCAUGUCCCGUCUAGAGCUGCUGAAUGUGGCCGUGCAGCUGGCCUUUGACGGGCUGCUGGUGUGGCUUUGGGGGCCCAAGCCGCUGGUGUACCUGCUGGCCGGGUCUGUCCUGUGCAUGGGCUUGCACCCCGUCUCUGGGCACUUCAUCGCUGAGCACUACAUGUACCUGACCGGUAUCGAGACCUACUCCUACUAUGGCCCCCUCAACUACAUCACCUUCAAUGUGGGCUACCACAUGGAGCACCAUGAUUUCCCUAGCAUCCCCGGCAGCCGUCUGCCCCAGGUAAAGAAGAUGGCCCCAGAGUUCUAUGACAAUUUGCCACAGCAUGACUCCUGGACUCGUGUUCUCUGGGACUUUGUCUUCUGCGAUUCAUUGGGUCCUUACUCCAGGGUUAAGCGUAACUUCCCCUUAGAAAAGGGGGAGUAGACCUUGCUACUUCUAAUUGAUUGACAUGCCCCC